GCCCUGGCAACGGCGUGACGUGAGGGUACCGGGAGCUGCGGUCACGGCUUCAGUUCUAGCCUACCCGGUGGCCCGUGCGGAAGCACGGCGAGAGGAGCCGAAGCCCCGCGCCACCCCGGCGCUCCGGGGCGCUGAGCUAGCGGGGUUGCCCUUUCUGCCGCUCCUGCUCUGGAGUGAGGAGGUGCAGCGGGCGUCAGAGCGCCAGGAAGGGUCGCGCGCAUGGCCUCUGCGGGCGCGCGGCGGCUCCCAGCUGGGACGCGCACGAUGGCCCAGAGCUGCGGCGGCUUCUCGAUCCGCCAGGGCGCGCGCCCGGCCCCGCCCCCAGGCACUCCGCGACCGCUGCGACCAAUGAGGUUUCUGAUCCCCUACAGCCUCCUCUUGCCCCGAGGUGCCCAGGUUUCUGCAGCUGAGACUGGCUUAACUCCCAGUCGUUCCUUCAUGGGCUUUGCUGCCCCUUUCACCAACAAGCGAAAGGCUUACUCAGAGCGUAGGAUCAUGGGGUACUCAAUGCAGGAAAUGUUUGAAGUGGUGUCCAACGUCCAGGAGUAUCGCGAGUUUGUGCCUUGGUGUAAGAAGUCUCUGGUGGUAUCCAGCCGUAAGGGUCACCUUAAGGCCCAGUUGGAGGUUGGCUUUCCACCUAUAGUGGAACGUUAUACCUCUGCAGUUUCCAUGGUCAAACCUCACAUGGUCAAGGCUGUUUGUACUGACGCCAAGCUCUUCAACCACUUAGAGACUAUUUGGCGAUUUAGCCCUGGUAUUCCUGCCUACCCCCGGACCUGCACUGUGGACUUUUCGAUUUCCUUUGAAUUUCGUUCUCUGCUGCACUCCCAGCUGGCCACCAUGUUUUUUGAUGAGGUUGUCAAACAGAAUGUUGCUGCCUUCGAGCGCCGGGCAGCCACCAAGUUUGGUCCAGAAACAGCCAUCCCCCGUGAAUUGAUGUUCCAUGAGGUGCACCAUACUUGACGCAAAAGAUUGUUCCCUAACGUCUCCUCUACUCCCCCUUCCCACCCAAUUCUUAUUUAUUUGGCUUGGCUCCUGCUCCAGUCUGAGGAUUGGACUGGACUAUUUAUGACAAUGUUCUUCUCAAUUCCCCAGAAGUUAGGCUCUACACUGACUGGAAAUGUUGGGGGAGGGAGGAGGCAGUGAGGAUGAAUAUGGAAAUGACACAUGCCUAGGAAAGGGUCAGGUUUAUUCUGAAAGCUCCAUGUGCCUGCAACCUUUUCACACUGAAUUAGGAUCAGGACUAUGUGGUUCUCUGAGCCCUGUCAGGAGACCAUAGUAUCUGACCAGGGAAAGAGAUCAACUUCUUGAAGGCUUGAAUACAUUAAACUUUUCCUCUGGCAUAGUGAUAUUGGGUGGUAUAUAAUUUUUGCCUGGCUUGAGAUUUCUCAGGAAAAAAGGCAAUCUGCCCCCAGCUUGAAAUCCAUAUUGCCUCAGUUUUAAGAAUAUUUCCAUGCUGCCUGGCUAACAGAGUGAGGAGCUGUCUCACCAUCACAGCAAUAGGGCCAAGGAGGAAAAAAAAAAGCAAUGAACAAAACUAUCCUUGUACUCUUUGGUUGUACCAUAUUCCUCCACUUGGCCUGAGUUUUUAUAAAAAUUUCAAUAAAUUUUGAGUGUGAAUUUGC